AUGGAGAAAGAAAAAUAUGUAUUUGAAGAGAAAAUUUUAUCAUUUAUAGAGAGUGUUCGGGGAUUGCUUUGGGAUCAGGGUUCUGAGAACCAGGAAAGUCCGAGUGCUGGUUCCACCCAUUCAUCGAUUUCUCCUCCGAUAUCGCUGAUGCACGAUAUUACACCGGCAACAUCACCAGCAGUUAUUACUAGUCAACAAACUACUACUACAAUACCCGUUACAAUAUCGCAAAUAUGUACAUCAACAGCUGCUCCACUUGGUAGUCAUCAGAUUUUGAUUGAUCCAGCAACCGGUCAGCAUUUUUUGGUAUCUUCUACACCACCAACACCACAUCCACAAAUAAUCUACCAGCCGGUUUAUUACUCUGCUACACCGGCACAGCCGGUUUAUUAUCAUCCUUUUACAUCUGGAGCCCAUGGUACAUAUGUCGUAGCUGCUACACCAAUAACCGCUGCUCAAACCGGGAGUCAGAUAACAUCGUCACAUAUGACACUUGGGCAGCGCUUUUCUUCAACGCCACCACCGCCGACGGCUGUUCAGAGUAUCACUGGAUGUUUUGUACGCAGUGUUGCUGAUUUCGACGACACAAGAUCGGCAGUAACAACCGACGAAAGGCAUAUGGUUUUCAAACAUCCAUUAACGUCGACAGUAGGAUGUGCAAUGGAUGCAAAACAGAUCCUUGUUUCAAAAAACUCCUUUUCACCGCCACAGUCUUCACCGGUUUUGUCCCAAAAUUGCUCAGUACUGGACAAUUUGUCAGCUACACCAUUGAGUAGUCUGCAAAAGCCCCACGCACAAAUACGCUCACAGGAGACCACAUAUCAGGAAGCUGCUAGUAAGCCAGCCAUUUCCACCAGCGCCACUACUGUAGGACAUGCUCAAACGGAAGAAGGUAAAAGGACCCCGUUAUUUGGUGCCGCACCAGCAUGGUGGGGUGAAAACGAUGCUUCCAAUGUACAAUUACAAAGUGAUAGCGAGAACACAAGGAGUGCGGUUGCCGGAAGUGUCCAUCGGCCAUUAAAAUCGAUUAGGAUGGAUAUUGACUUGAAUGAGCCUUUUGUCGAUGAAGAAGUAAAGAAAGAGAAUAAAGCGAAAGCUGCACAACGUACAUUUUCUUCAACUGCAUUUACUGUUUCCUUCGACAGUGAAGAAGACUCACAAAAAGUAAAUUUAUCACUUCAAGAUGCUGCUAAGAAAACUUCAUCCAGACUUUUAAUGAGGCGAAGUAUGCCGCCAGCUAGAAUACUUUCCAAAGGUACCGCAGCGAAAAUAGCCGGUUUAACAGCUGCGUCCAGUAAUCCGAAGCAGUAUUUGUUGAAUAAGAUGCUGAUGGGGAUUGGUGAAGAAUGCAGUGAAGAGCCAGAUAUAAUUGCCUGCGAACAAGGAAGAAGGAAACCAGAUACUGACGAUACAUUAAGCGAAGCAGGGACUUAUGUUGUUGAUGGUGAUCAUAUGAAUCAGAUGGUGACUUCACAGACUGUCAAAGAUUCGGAUGCAGAAAGUGUUUCAAGUGAAUCGACAACAACCCAAAGCACAGAAAAUCCUCGUCCUACUGUGCCAGUGCGCAUGGGAUCGAUCCUGCCUCAAAUCAAUGAGAAUGUAAGUAACACAGGUGAUGGAACUGAAAAUAAUGAACAUCUCUUACGUGAGCUGCUGCGUCUUAAGUCCGGGCGAGUUGAUCAGCGUUGCGGUACAAGUGAACAUCAAAUUGUUGCACCAUCUACAUCACCGGCUUCGAACUCAUCCCGUCUGACUGCUGCAGCACGAACUCAUGUACGGGUUGCAUGUCGUCCAGAAACUUCUAAGAUGGAGGAACGUCAAGGUAGUUCGCAUCGUUUAUGUACCAUGGCAUCAUCUUCACGUGCAUCGCUGUCAUCCCAAGUACAUCGUACACAACCAAUUAUUGUUGCAAGUGGAAUAAAUGAAAAUACCUUCAGACGUGGUGAUGGUGGUCGAUAUUCGAUGCGAUUUUCUGGUGUUAACAAUAAGGGUCAUUCAAAUUCUGCUGCGGUCGGUCGGAACGAUAAACCACCAUUUCGUGUUGGAGGUACUGGAAGAAAUCAGGCUAGUGGAGCAAAAGCACAUAAGGAAAGUGCUGAGAUGACGGCUUGGUUACGACGUAAGGAUUAUAAUCCAAUGAAAGCAGCAGCUGAAGCAAAGAAAUUGCAGCAAUUGAAAGCACGAGCAGACAAGUUUGCAUCAAAUCGUUCAAUAUCGUUUCAUCAAGGGACUAAAUCCUUUACCAGUAUGCAACCGGUCGUUCGGAAUUCAAAUACAGCUCGUCAUAACCGGUCACAAAAUGAUUUGUCAGUUAGCAAUGCUGCUUGUGGGCCGGAAACAAUUCUUGUCAAUUAUUCAAAAGGCAUCACGAGAGAUUUGAAUAAAUUACGUUCGGUUGAAGCUACUCAGGAUCAGACUCAUAUAGACGGUCUUGAAAAUGCCGUGCAGCAACUUACGAUGAAGUGUAAUCGAAGCAUUGAAUUGAUAAGGAAUUCUCAUCAAGGACAUUUGUCGCAAUCAGUGGAGAAUUUAUUGGAAAUGGCUAUUAAGCCGGUGAAAGAUUGUACGGUAACAGUAACUGAUCAACUGGACCGGUUAUCAGCAGCAUUUGAUGCAAUACAAAAGUAUUUGGAAGUUUCAUCAGCAUCGUUGCCAGCAUCACCGUCUGGUUCAAGUCCCACUGCAUCAGUCACAGCAUUGUCGACCUCUCCAAGUCGACGACCGUGUAGUGCCUACCAAAGUAAGCUUGCAGCAGCCAAGCGCAGUCCGUCAGGUGUAUUCUGUACAUUGGGAAUUCGACUAUAUUACAUUAGGUGCCAGUUGAUCUCAUGGUGUCGUAAUUCCCAUUUGUUGUUAUAUAUCCGAGGAAAAGAGAUAUAACUGAACAUUAGCUAACUGAAAGUAAGUACUUACUUUCCUUUAUCUGUAUUUUUUUGGCUCGUGCAAAAGCUAAUUAUCAUCACAUAAACCACAGAACAAUCGGAAAUCUGAUUUUUCUUGUCUGCCUGUUUUAAAUCUUUUAUUUUCCUCAAUAUAAAUGUUUUCAUGUGAUAAAGACUGUUCUCUUUCUCCUCUAAUUUUUUUGCAGUAAUUUGUAUAAAUUGUUCG